UUCUUGGAUUCAAUUUUGUGGUCAAAUUUUGAUUUUUCCAAUCCGUCAAAGUAACGACCUCGGUUGGUUAUGUUUAUUUUUUUACCGUAUGGCACGACAACGAUCAACUUUUUAUAAACCUGUGUUGGGACGGC